AUGGCGCUGCAUCGCGCCCUUGGGGAGAUCUUUCAGAGCAUUCGGGAGUGCUCUCAGGAAGGCGAGCUAAUCGCAUGCGCCGACGGGUACGAACGUCUAUGCUUUCCGGUGUUGUCGGGUUGGAUCGCUGAUCAACCUGAGUAUUCAAACUUACAAAAUAUUAGUACUAGCUCUUGUCCAAGAUGCGAGGUGGAAUUCCACAGUCUUGGGAGCACUCGCCGGAGCCCUACGCGCGAUCACGAGGAUUACCGGGAGAGGGUAAAGCUAUUCAGGGAGAACCCGGGAAACCUGGGACCGGUGGAAUACCUUGUCGCGAGAUCAGUAAAGACACUCUUCAAUGCUUUCUGGGGUAUGCCGAGGGUUAAUCCAUACGAUCUCAACAAACCGGACAUUCUGCACAAUAUCUACCUAGGGAUGUUGAAGCACAUGAUGGAGUGGGUUCAGGCUUUCUUGAAGAAGCACAAUCGAUUGGAGGAAUUUGACAAGGCUUGGGCCUCGAUUGCGCCUUACCCUGGACUGGCAGUACCGAACAAGGCAUAUCGUGCCACAACCCAAUGGCAAGGGAAGGAGAUGAGAAAUCUGGGGCGGGUCGUUCUUGGAGCACUCGCGGCUGCUUUGAGAAACCCGGGGGUGGCUGUCAGGGGCGACUUCGCAAAGGCAUUGAAAUGUGUACGAGGCUUAAUCGACUUCCACUUAAUGGCGCAGUAUGGGAGUCAUACGACGAGCACACUGAAUUAUUUGGAGAGCUAUCUCGAGGAUUUCCAUAAGCACAAGGAUAUCUUUUUAGAAUUCCGGGCGUACAAGAGGACGGUUAAGGAUGCGAGAGAUCGGACAAAAGCUGUGAAGACCUCAGGCUCCCAGAGCGCUCAGCGAGGUUUGGAGGAGAUUCGCGAGAUACGGGAAAGGUCUCACUUCAACUUCAUCUAA